CGUCAGCAAAACUGCCCCUCGGGGCGAGAGGUCUCGCGCUCUCUCUCUCUCGCAAAGGGUUAAUUUUCCGAUCGCACGAGGGGGAGGAGAUUUCCCCGUAGACAAGUAAAAAGGGUGAUGGACAAACGUGCGGGCACUAAGACCGCAAGGCAUUCAUUUCCUCCGACGGUGGAUGCGGACGCCGGGAGGAGGAGAGCCGCGGAGCGAGGAGCUGGGAGCCGUGGCACAGAGAACACGUAGCGACUCCGAAGAUCAGCCCCAAUGAACAUGUCAGUGUUGACUUUACAAGAAUAUGAAUUCGAAAAGCAGUUCAACGAGAAUGAAGCCAUCCAGUGGAUGCAGGAAAACUGGAAGAAAUCUUUCCUGUUUUCUGCUCUGUAUGCUGCCUUCAUCUUUGGUGGUCGGCACCUGAUGAACAAACGGGCGAAGUUUGAACUGAGGAAGCCAUUAGUGCUCUGGUCUCUGACCCUUGCCGUCUUCAGUAUAUUCGGUGCUCUUCGAACUGGUGCUUAUAUGGUGUACAUUUUGAUGACCAAAGGCCUGAAGCAGUCAGUUUGUGACCAGAGUUUUUACAAUGGACCUGUCAGCAAAUUCUGGGCUUAUGCAUUUGUGCUAAGCAAAGCACCCGAACUAGGAGAUACAAUAUUCAUUAUUCUGAGGAAGCAAAAGCUGAUCUUCCUGCACUGGUACCACCACAUCACUGUGCUGCUGUACUCGUGGUACUCCUACAAGGACAUGGUAGCCGGGGGCGGUUGGUUCAUGACCAUGAACUAUAGCGUGCACGCCGUGAUGUACUCUUACUAUGCCUUGCGAGCGGCGGGUUUCCGAGUUUCCCGGAAGUUUGCCAUGUUCAUCACCUUGUCCCAGAUCACUCAGAUGCUGAUGGGCUGUGUCGUUAACUACCUGGUCUUCUACUGGAUGCAACAUGACCAGUGUUACUCUCACUUUCAGAACAUCUUCUGGUCCUCACUCAUGUACCUCAGCUACCUAGUGCUCUUCUGCCACUUCUUCUUUGAGGCCUACAUCGGCAAGAUGAGGAAAACAACGAAAGCUGAAUAGUGUUGGAACUGAGGAGGAAACCAUAGCUCAGGGUCAUCAAGAAAAACAAUAGACAAAAGAAAAAUGGCACAAGGAAUCACAUAUGGUGCAG